CUCGCAAGGCCGUCGUUCGCGCGAGUUAGUCAGUGUCGGACAUGUUAAAUUCUACGGUGUUCUGUCGGCCGCCGUCGCCCCGCAAGUGGUGAAAUUGCCCCGUUCCCGUCUCGUGCCGGCCCCGAGUCCCUCGCCGCCGCCGCCGCCGCCGCCUCCGGGCCGCCUCCGAGCCGUGGUGGGCGCCAACCGCAGCGUCCGCAGGGUGGUGUAAGCGUUGACAGGGCCGCGCAGAGACUCGAGUGCCGUCGUCCGGGCGGCUCCAUGAGAGCCGCUAUUUCUGGCGCGUAAAAAUAGCGUUGCGAUGCCGCCGCUGACCUGGGGGCCGACGUGGGGCCGGCGCGGCGCGACGCUCGGCUGCUGAGGGGCGGGCGCCGCAGCAGGGACAGCCACGGUGGCGUCGGGUCCGGAGUGCGGCCCCGUGGCCGCCGACAAGGGGGCGGAUUGCUGGUGGUCCCCUCUGGCGGCCAUGGGCUGCUUCGGCAACAGGGAUGCCGCCGCGGCCUCCGAGGACAUCCGCAGCCAGAAGAGGAUCAACGACCACAUCAACAGGCAGCUGGCCAAGGAGAAGCAGGUCUACAGGGCCACGCACAGGCUGCUGCUGCUGGGGGCGGGAGAGUCCGGGAAGUCGACGAUCGUCAAGCAGAUGCGGAUUCUGCACGUGAACGGCUUCAGCGAGAGGGAGAAGAAGCAGAAGAUUGAGGAUAUCAAGAAGAAUAUUAGAGAUGCCAUUAUUACAAUAUCGGGAGCGAUGUCGACUUUAAGUCCUCCCGUGCAACUCGAAAAGCCAGAAAACCAAGCCCGAGUGGACUGGAUCCAGGAUUGCGCUACUGGUCCAGACUUCGAUUACCCACCCGAGUUCUAUGAACAUACAGAGGCUCUCUGGAAAGACAGAGGCGUACAGGCCACGUACGACAGAAGUAACGAAUACCAGUUGAUAGAUUGUGCGAAGUACUUCCUUGAUCAAGUGAGCGUAAUCAAACAACCCAAUUACACUCCAACAGAACAGGACAUCCUGCGCUGCCGUGUACUUACCAGCGGCAUAUUCGAAACGCUCUUCCAGGUUGACAAAGUCAACUUCCACAUGUUCGACGUCGGUGGCCAAAGGGACGAAAGACGAAAAUGGAUCCAGUGUUUCAAUGACGUCACGGCGAUCAUAUUCGUCACGGCGUGUAGCUCAUACAACAUGGUGUUGCGGGAGGAUCCCACCCAGAAUAGGCUGCGCGAGAGCCUCGACCUGUUCAAGUCCAUAUGGAACAACAGGUGGUUGCGUACCAUUUCCGUCAUCCUUUUUCUCAAUAAGCAGGACCUGCUCGCGGAAAAAAUUCUUGCAGGUAAAAGCAAACUCGAGGAGUACUUUGCUGAAUUCGCGCGGUAUACGCCGCCGCAGGACGUCGCGAACGAUGCAAACGAGCCUCCUGAGGUGUUUCGCGCUAAGUACUUCAUAAGAGACGAGUUCCUGCGCAUAAGUACAGCCUCUGGUGAAGGCAAGCACUAUUGUUAUCCUCACUUUACUUGUGCCGUUGAUACGGAGAAUAUCAAGAGAGUGUUUAACGACUGCCGUGAUAUCAUUCAGCGUAUGCACCUUCGCCAGUAUGAACUCUUAUAACCGCCCACCUCAUUUUUUAGUCUGUUUUGUCUCCAACGCUUUCUUACUAACAAGUCGAUUCCAUUAUGCUUACGUUUGUCAAGUUAAUACAAUAGAAAAUGUAACAAAAAAUGAUAAAAAAAAAACGAGAAAUACGAACACACACACACUCACACACACAACACACACAAAACCGUAGGACCAACCGAGACAACGCAUUACUUUCUAUGAUAGUGUCAAUAAAAAGUUGAGAAUUUGGCAAACGUAACGUGUUCCCUGUUGUCAGUCGCGUCACGUGGUAUAUUGUGUAUCAUUUCUAAUGCAUUUCAUGGAUCUGUUCGUAUUUUGACAAUUUUGUAUUCGUUCUAGACGUCAGUAUCAUGAAAAAAAGUACAAAUCACUGAAGUUUCAGUCAAUUUGCCAUACUAAUCUGUUGCGUUCGAUUGCGUUUUUUGUUUUAAUAUCAUAACCCAUAUGUGUUUUUCAUGAACAUCAUUGUGAUAUCAAAUUAGUGUUUAUAUAGAUCAUAUAAAAUAGCAAAUAAGUUAUUGAUUUACCGAGUAUUGUUUGUAAAUUUACAUGUUUAUCUUUAUUUUUCGCGGGUAGAGGCGGUUAGGUUAGGUUAGGAGGGCGCCACUGGCGUUUUAGACGAAUCUGGUAGAUCUGGGGCGGCGGCGGUCGCAAAUGGUGCUCUCUUUUUUUCUAUUGUAGAGGAUCAUGGUAAAAGUAGAGCGACCUCGCCCGGAAGCGUCUCUACACGUUCGAUCGGUGAAUUGUAUGUUCAUGAAUUUUAUUCAUACUUUUGGAAUUGUGAUAAUCUAAACUUUUUAUACACUUAUCAAUGAAUUGUUUGUAAAAAAAAGUCGAAUUUCGUGUGCAAUCUCAUUUGAAAAUUGGAUCUUUAGCAGUUAACAAUCAUUAUUUGUAACGAUAUAUUUUUUAUAUGUUAACCUAUUCUUAAAACAAAGUGUAUUUAUUUUUAUUAUCCGUUGAGAUUAGAGUUAGUGCAAUAAUUUUAGUUGAUCUGGCACAAUCUUGAUGUUUAUAUUGCUUUGAACUUUCCCUUUUGUGUUUCCAUCUGAUGAUCUUCUGCUCAAUUCAAAGAAUACAGCUUCGUACUUAAGUCGUGUGUGCUGGGGUGGGGAGAGGGUCGCUAUUGGCGCGCGUUUUUGAGUUGAGUAGAUUAAGGUUUAGUUGUUGGUUUACUAAUAUACUACAGAUAGUGUAAGCGAUGGAGACUUUUAAUUUUACAAUCUGUAGAUGCACAAAGAAGAGUGUGAAUCUAGCUAUAUGUCCAUGAAACCAACUUGUAAAAUAAGGUACGGAACUAGUGUAAUACAUCACUAUAGAUCAGUGUAUUUCGUUCUUCGUGUCACACUUUCGUUCUCGUUCAUUUCUGUCCUCCUUGAGUUUUACCUUAUUUGUGAGUUCGGUUCGGCGGGAUUAUCACUCUAAUAAAUUCAUGCUUUUAUUAGUUCGGUAGUGACUAAUUAAUAAUAAAAUAUAUAUGUGCCGCUAGUCUAAUAAACGGAACAAUGAAAUUACGUUUGUUCAUUUUUUAUUUCGGCGAGUUGCACUGUUCCAGUUUAAAAAGUUUACUGAAUGUUAUAUUUGUUAAUAAAUUAUAAAUAUUUAUAUCUGUAAAAGUGAGUUUGUGGUCAAGUCGUAGAAACCUUUCUUUACUCGAAAACAAACAAAAAAAUGAAAAAAAAAAAUCUUUUACCGGCCAGAAUAUUCGAUGUCAAUGAAUGUAUAGAUAAAAGUUUUACUUCUUGACUAUAUACACACUCUAAGAUUCGGCUGACUGUAUUAUAUCAGCAUAUUGCUCCAUUUUCGUAGUCCGUUCUGUGUGAAAUGCAGGAAGCUCUUGUUAAGUUUUUCUUUCGAAUAUUUUUAUGUGUAUUGUUUUCUCGUGGCGUCAGUAAUAUGCCGAUAACAUACAUGAACCUGUUCUUCCUGGCUCCUGGUGACUCUGAGUGACCUAGGUCGUCGGGUAUUGCACAACUGCAGUAAAAGCAAUUUUGUCUAGGUAUGGGAAAUGUGUCAACGUGCGAAUGGGUGCGCGCGCAGGUGUGUGUGAAUUCAUCGUUGUGAGCUGAUCUAAGCAGUAUUCUUUUGUUUUAUUUGUUUAUUGUUUUGCCAAUAUUGUAUAUGUGAACACAAUGUGAGAUUCAAAGCAUGCGCAUGGUGAAAACUGCCUGUAAUGAAUCUUGUAUCUAUAAAUAUAUAAAUAAAUGAAUAAAAUAUGAAAUUAUAUGAAGAUAUGUAACUAAAUGACCUGUAAUAAAUAUGUCUUAUUUAAAA